AUGUCGGACGCUGCUCGCCCAUCCUCCUCCUCGUCGUCCUCCUCCCUGUCCACAAAAUCGCGCCUCGAUCGCACCACCACUACCGCUUCUCACUCACAUCCCGCGCCUCCGCCCUCCACGCCACCCACAAACUCUGCCGACUUGCCCACUCCACCUACCUCUCACACCGAGUUCCGUCCGCCUCCCAACCCCGUACCCUCGUCCUCCAGAAUCGUCCCAGAUGAGUUGCUUACCGACGCCAGCCCCACCACAACCGUCUCGGAUCACAUGGCUCACAUGGCUCCUCGCAGAGCCGUCGCCCGUCUCAGUGGCAGUAGCACUUCCUUUGAUCGCAAUGCAGACGACUCCUUCUCCUCCUCCUCCCAUCGUAGAGCCAGCCGACGUUCCAGCAUCGACCGCAACGAUCAACGCACCGUAGCAGCUGAACGCCCGCUCGAUCGCUCCUCGUAUCGCUCACGUGCUACCCAUUCGCCCUCCCGCUCACCUGCACGCUCCACCACCCCUUCGCCCAUCCUUGGUCCUGCCUAUGCCUUGGACCACCACAUCGACGACCACGACCUCCUCAAUCUCGGCCAUCUCUCCUUUCCCAUGCUCGGCGUCGGUGUCGGCCCCACAAACCAAGAGAUCCAACUGCUCGUCUACGGUUCUUCCUCGGCCAAUGCCACCAAUCCCGAUUCCGCACAUCCAUCCUCCCCAGCCGACGACGCCGCCAGCCUCGAAUCCAUUCUCGGCUCCUUGGCCAACAUGGGCUUGGAUCACCCCACCCACUCGUCCGCCAGCGAACGCGAGCGUGAACUCGCCACCAUGGUCAAGAUGCUCGCCUCGAGAUGUACCACCCUCUCCGAUUCGCGCGAUCGAGCUCAGUCGCAGCUCAAGUCCACUCGUCUCACCGCUCUCUCUGUCAUCUCCUCCCUCAAGCAGGCGCACGCUCAUGCCCUCGCUGCUCAUCGCAACCUCACCGAUCGCCUCGAAGCCGAACUCGACGGCUGGAAAGCCCAAGCAAAGAUGCUCAGUGCGCUCCUCAACCGCGCACAAGCCAAACGCUUUGACCACACGCGCUCCAACUCGGCCUCUGCUCCCCUCGUCUCGUUUGCUGACAGCGCCAAGCUCGCUACCUCUGUCCCCGCCUCUUCACCCACCCACAACCGCGUCUCGUCGUUCAAAUCCGACUCGGCCACCACCAACGGCCACUCCCAUCAACAUCUUCUCACCAGCCCAAGCUUCCUCUCCUCCACCCACGACACCACCAUCCCCCUCGCCUCACCGCACACCACAGGCCUCGGCAUCUCCACUUCCGCUCUCGUCGACGUCGACACCGACCUUUUGCCCACCGCCUCGCUCAUGCGCGAGCGCAACAAGCUCAUCACGGACAAGAAGCAUCUCAAGGCUCGCGUCAAGGAUGCCGAGGCGCAAAUCUGCAAACUCGAGAGCGAGCUCAAGGCUCUCCGUCCUUAUCUCGUAGCUGGCGGCAUCAAGGCGACAGAUCUGUCUGCCACCACCGUCGAUGCCGAUCCUCCUGGCAGCCAAACCCCUGUCAAUCUCAGCCAACCCGGCACUGCACCUACCACCCCGAGCCGAUCUGGCAGCCGCAGAGACAAGAACCGAAAGAAGCGCAACGUCACCAUGGGCGACGCAGAGACAGAGCAUCUCAUGUUGGCUGCACGACGCCUUCGCGAACUGCGAAAGGAGCAAGCCGAAGCCGCAGCCGCAGCCGCAGCCGCAGCCACAGCCGCCGCUGCCGCAUCUGGUCCACCCCUCCACUCGAGCUCUCUUCCUCUCUCGCAAGAUGGCACCAGUUCAACGCUCGACGCUCCACCCAGCGCACACGUCCUCGCGCCUGCCCCCGAGCUUCAAUCCAACCUCGCUUUUCACGCCUCACCCGUCAAGCGACAGGCCAGUGAGGGUCCCAUGACGGCAGACAGAGAUGAAGCCUACGCCGCCGGCCCUCGCACGCCGCCUCCAAGGUCAGCAGAGCGACCGCCCAAGACGCCCAAAUCCGUUGCCAGCAUCCCCAACACGCCGCACACAGGUGUUCGAGCUCGAGAACUCGACGAACUCGCCCGCACUAACGAUCGACGCGAUAACUGGUCCCACCGCCACCGCAGGCUCGACUCGGCUUCUUCCUUCACAGGCAUCGACGAGCUUCUCCAGGCUGCAGAAACGCUCAACCCUGGCGCUGCAGCCGCUUCGCCCACUUUGCGCUCAUCCAGACUCGCGGCGCCUUUCCCUCCUCUCGUCACCGACCCACCCUACUACCCAAGAGAGCCAGCUCACCGCGCCAUGGCUUAUCCUCCGCCGCCCCUCUCGAUCACCACGCAGCGCGGUCCCGAGUACGAUUCGUACGCAUACAGCGCUGCGCCUCACCCCAUCCAAUCGAGUCCGCUUCGCAUGGUUCACGAGAGCCCAAAGCGCCGACGCGUGUCAUCAGCCGCCUUUGACUUUGAGCCGCACGGCUCCCCCUUCCUUGGCGAGCGUCAACCUCGGGUCCGCACUCAGACCGAGGGCGCGGAUCCGUUUGUGCAAGCCAGAACGUACCAAGACUAUGCACCCAGCGGUCCGCCUAGCGCCGGUGGAAGCCAGGCUCUGAGUGCGCUCGACCUGCUUGCUGACCAGGCCACAGCCAGCCAGAAUCCUUCUCAAGGCAGCGACAAGUCUGGCGAAUACGAGGGUGUCAGCCCGAUCGGCAGCCUGAGUAGCGAGGACGAAAUGGUCCUGGAUCGCCAAGCUCGUGGCAAGUCGAGCUCGCGACUUGCCUCCUCAAGAGCACACGAUGGUUCUCGCAACUCCAAGCCCAACGGCUCGCAAGCUUCGUCUCGCAAUGGUGAGCCCAAAAGCUUUGGUGGCAAUCAGAAUCCCGAAAAGAGGCUUCCCUACGUGCGCUGGACUUCGGAAGAGGACACCAAGCUGCGUGCGGCAAUCAAGGAACAUGGCCAACGCUGGGAGCUCAUCUCGCGAGCUGUGGGAACGCGAUCGUACCACCAAUGUCGGCAGCGCUACCUGCUCAUGCGACGCAAAGAGGCGGCGGCGAAAGCCAACGGCGAUGAAAACGACGGUGGUCAAGGUCUUUCGGCAUCGGCAUCGGCGUCGGAUCAGCAGUCGCAGGAGUCCGACUGCGCACAGGAUGCUGCGCCUGCGAGCUCUACGAGCUCGAGCAGACGCAGGAAGAGCGGCUCGCAUACGCAUCACGCAGCUCGCGAUGGCGAGUCGAGCGAAAGCGGCGCGACGUCGAUGCCGCUUCAUAAGCUGUCGAUCGGAGCGCCGGCUCCUGCUGGAAGUGUGUAUGGACAGUUUUCGCCCACGCACCGAUCCGAAGUUUUGGCAUCGGCGUCUUCGCAGACACCUACGCACGGUAGGAUGAUGUCGCAUGCACACACGCGUGCGCUGUCGCCUUCCAUGCAGACUCCGUCGGCGGUGAGGCGAGGUGUGUACCCGCCACCGUCGCCGCUCUCGACGUCAUCGAGGCUUCUCCCGCCCCUACAGCCGCCAGCGAGCACGCGCUAUUUGUCGCACGAUCCAUCGGCGCCUCAUGCAGCCGGCGCACUCCACACACACUUUUCAGACUCGGCUCCACAACCACUCGAUACCUCGCCGCACGAACCUACAACACCCACCUCGACCGCAAGCAGAUUGCGCACCGCCCUAUACAGCUAA